CCAACGGCCAACUUGUCUGAUCUCUUUGAUACUCUACACCAUGGCAAACACAGUCACAAAGGGCGUCAUCCUCGUCGGCGGCCCCUCGAAGGGCACGCGCAUGCGUCCGCUGACGCUCGACUGCCCCAAGCCCCUCCUCCCCAUCGGCGGCAAGCCCAUGGUAUGGCACCCCCUCAACGCCCUCGCCCAGGUGCCGGGUCUCACGGACAUUAUCAUGAUCGGCUUUUACGAGGACAGCGUCAUGGCGCCAUUCGUGCGCGAGUCGCAGCGCGAGUUUCCCAACAUCCGCAUCUCGUAUAUGCGCGAGUACCGGUCGCUCGGGACUGCCGGCGGGCUGUACCACUUCCGCGACCUCAUCCUCCGCACGCCCCUCCCGCAACACAUCUUCAUCUGCAACAUCGACAUCUGCAGCUCGUUCCCCUUCACCGAGCUGCUGGCCAAGCACAGCGCGCAUCGCGGCGUCGGCACCAUCCUCGGCGUUAAUGUGCCAAAGGACACGGCGACGCGGUACGGCUGCAUCGUCUCGGACCCCGAGACCAAGCAGAUGCUGCACUACGUCGAGAAGCCCGAGAGCUGGAUCUCGAACACGGUCAACGGCGGCGUGUACUUGUUCGACAAGAGCGUGUUUGACGAGAUCCGCGUUGCGAUGGACAAGAAGACGGAGUGUGCUGCCCACAACCCACUCAUCGAGCUCGACGAAACGCUGCAGCUGGAGCAGGACGUGAUCGCGCCCCUGGCCGGCACAGGCAAGAUGUACGUGUGCGAGACGCGCGACUUCUGGCGCCAAAUCAAGACGGCCGCGAGCGCCGUCACCGCCUCGGGACUGUACUUGAAGCAGUUCCAACGUUCGCGGCCCGAGCUGCUUGCGCGCGCGGGCGGUGCGAUCAUCGAGCCGGUAUACAUCGACGGGAGCGCGCACAUCGACGGGAGCGCCAAGAUCGGGCCGAACGCGACGAUCGGGCCCAACGUCGUCGUGGGCGAGGGCGCGCGCAUCGCCAACGCCAUCGUGCUCGACAACAGCGUGAUCGACAAGCAUGCGGUCGUGCUCAACUCGAUCGUGGGCUCCAACUCGCGGCUGGGGCAGUGGGCGCGCGUCGACGGCGAGCCCGAGCCCGUCAGCGACGUAAAGGGCCAGAUUAGCGUGAGCGUGCUUGCGUCCGACGUGCAUGUUGCGCCCGAGACGCAUAUCCGCUCGUGCAUCGUCCUCCCGAACAAGAACUUGCCGAAGAACGCCUACAACCAGGUGCUUCUCUAGUUUCAUCCGUUUAGAGCGCAUGCAUAUUGUAUAUUGUGCCGGCAUAUC